AUGGCGUCCGUUCCGAAAGUCACCGCGCCGAACGCGAUGAAGAGUACUAUCUCGGUGCGCGCGAAGCGCUCGAGCGCGCGGGCGUCGCGGGUGGCGACGCGGGCGGCGAACGCGGUGAACAUCGCGGACAACGUGACGCAGCUCGUCGGGUGCACGCCUAUGGUGUACCUGAACAAAGUCUCGGAAGGAUGCGGAGCAGAGAUCGCGGCCAAGCUAGAGAUUAUGGAACCGUGCUGCAGCGUGAAGGAUCGCAUCGGUUGGAGCAUGAUCGCCGCGGCGGAACAAGAGGGGAAGAUCACUCCGGGUAAGACGACGCUCGUGGAGCCGACGAGUGGAAACACGGGCAUUGGCUUGGCGUUCAUCGCCGCCGCGAAGGGAUACAAGCUCACGCUCACGAUGCCGGCGUCCAUGUCGCUUGAACGUCGCAUCUUGUUGAAGGCGUUCGGGGCGAACUUGGUGUUGACGGACCCGGCAAAAGGUAUGAAGGGUGCGGUCGGCAAGGCUGAGGAAAUCGCCGCCAAGACGGCGGACUCUUACAUUCUGCAACAGUUCGAAAACCCGGCCAACCCAAAGGUGCACUUUGAAACGACGGGGCCGGAGAUCUGGGAAGAUACCGCGGGUCAAAUCGACAUUUUUGUCGCGGGCGUCGGCACCGGCGGUACCAUCACAGGCACGGGUCGCUACCUCAAGAGCAAGAACCCAAACUGCAAGAUCGUUGCCGUCGAACCGACUGAGUCUCCGGUGCUCUCGGGUGGCGGACCGGGCCCGCACAAGAUUCAAGGUAUCGGUGCGGGCUUCAUCCCGGGUAUUCUCGACGUGGACAUCAUCGACGAAAUUGUGCAAGUGGCGAGUGACGACGCCAUCGCGAUGGCAAAGCAGUUGGCGUUGCAAGAGGGCUUGAUGGUCGGUAUCUCCUCCGGUGCGGCGGCAGUCGCGGCGAUUCAACUCGCUAAGCGCCCGGAAAAUGCCGGCAAGCUCAUCGGGACAGUGUUCCCGUCCUUUGGUGAACGUUACCUCUCUUCCGCUCUCUUCAGCACCAUCCGGGACGAAGCCGAGGCGAUGGUUGCCGAAUAA